GAGUGGGCCGGCCUGGGGAGCCUGCGAGCGGCGGACUGAUGGCGGCGUUGCUCGGCCGGGGUUUACUUCUGGGCAGGGCGGCCAACGGCCAGCUCACCGUUCUGCCAAUUCCUCCCAUGAGCGCAGCUGCAGUGAGGUUCGCAUCAAAGAAGAGUGGAACCACCACCAGAAAUCGUGGGGGGAACUCUCCUGGGAAACGUUACGGCUUUAAAAAAACAGAAGGCACAUUUGUUCAUGCGGGCAACAUAUUGGCAACCCAGCGACUGAUGCGUUGGCACCCAGGGGCUCAUGUGGGGAUGGGCCGCAACAAGUGGCUGUAUGCGCUAGAAGAUGGGAUUGUGCGCUACACCAAGGAAGUCUAUGUGCCGCGUCCCCACAGCAAGGAGAGCCAGGAGAUGAUCCCUCGGUUACCCAGAGGAGCAGUGCUGUAUAAGACGUUCAUCAACGUCAUCCCUACUGCCGAGGUGGGGAGCUACAAGUUGGUCAACAUGCUCUAAGGCUCACAGCAAAAGACUGCACAGAUUGACCCGAGCCCCCUAUGCGGACGAUUCCGAUCAAACACAUUUGCUCUGAGUGACUUUUGUUCAACUCUGGAGAGCCCUGGCUGGCGGAAGGUAGAGACCAACGCAGCAUUUCAGCACCCGUAGUAGUACAUUAACCUAUUCUGAAAGUGGUCUCUGUUGCACUGCCAAUGAAAUAAACAGCAUCCACACUGGUUUUCAGAACCAUAA